AUGAUUGAAUUAAUUCUUCCCGGCAUGAUCAGAAGAAACAGAGGAUGUAUUGUUAAUGUGUCAUCAAUGACGGGUUGGCGUCCAUUGCCAUAUCUCAGCACUUAUCCAGCCAGCAAGGCGGCUAUUUCAUUUUUCUCGGAUUCUCUCAGUGACGAGUUCCGCCACACAAAUGUUCGCAUACAGUGUCUAGUUCCGCUGUUGGUAGCUACAAAAGUUGCUUCAUAUGAGACCAAUGAAGCAAACAACGUUUUUGUCGUUACUCCCGAACAUUAUGCAAAGCAAGCUGUUCGUGCAAUAGGCAGAUUUGAAAUUCUCACGGGAUGCUUCCAACACGACAUGCAGGUCGCGUUCGGAAGUUUAAUUUCUUUCUGGGCCUUCAAGUUGAUCUAUGUACCUUUCGUCAUGCUGGGAGUUCAUAAAUAUCGCGUUGCCGAGUACCAGAGGAAACGCGAGAUAGAACUGCAGAAGUCAGAGUAA